CGGGGCCGUGAGGGCUGCGGGCGGAGCGGGCCCGGGGCCUCGUACGGACCGCGAGCGGAGCGGGCCCGGGCUUCGUGUGGGCGGUGGGACCGCCCUCAGCCGGCCCGGGAGCUGCGGUGGGAAGAGCCACACCAGUGACUUUGAGAGGUUGCAGUGGCAGUGAGUGGUGUGGAUUCCUGAGGAGGAGGAGGAGGAGCCAUGGAAGUGGAAGACAGCAGCAGAAGGAGCUGCUUCACUCAGACCUCCUGCCUGGGAGCAGAUUUAGGGGAGGACUCUCAGCUGGAGUACCUCAGUGCUCACGAGGAGUGCGAGGAGGACAGGAGCAACUCCAGCGAGCUUUCUGAGCAGGGAGAGGCUGCAGAGGUGAAGGCCACGCCACUCCUUGGUGACAAAGUGCCACCCCGCAUCACAGCAGGGGCAGAAGAUUCUGGAAAGAUCCAAAGACCCCCCCACAGCGUGGCAGUGGAGCCGGACAUUCCUUCCCUGCCUCCCAGGGAAGAGGCCCAGCUCUGCAAGCACGCAGAGCCCCCGUGCUGCAGCAGCUGUGAAAAACCUGCCGUGUGCACCAGCAGCACUGCAGAGGGUGCUGAAACCCAGCCCCCAGUCCCUGAAACCCUCCCUGGUGCUGGCAGGGAAGCUGCAGGUGGAUCCUGUGGUGGCAGCUCCGGGGCUGGGAGGUCGGAGCGUGCUGGAGCCCUGAAGAGCGUUCCCGGUGUGGCUGUGGAUGCUGGCUCUGAUCCCAGAGCUGCCCUCCCAGCGAGCAGAGGCAGCAGUGCCCAGGGCUGUGUCUGCUCCAGGGCAGGGAGCACUGAGGUAACCACGAUGAGCAGAACUCAGCCCGUGGCUCAAACCUCCGUGGAUGCUGCUUCCAACAUGGAAUGGUCCUUAGGAGCUCUCAGCUCACACGUGCAGCAGGAAUCCAAAGAUCAUCUGUCUGUCUGUGACUGGAUGCCAGGCCCUGACAGGCCAGAACAUCCCAACAAGCAAACUGGGAAUAUUUCUGCAUCCAGCUGCUGUCAGAAUGUCCUGCAGAGAGCCACUGAAGCAGAGCUGCAGCUCCUGGCCAUCCAUUAUGAGAUGUGCUACCAGCACUGCCUGAAGGUGUAUGAGCUGGCUUUGGAGGAGAACACCUGUCUCGGGAGCUGUGAGAAAAAGGCUGAGUUAUAUUCAUCUCUGCUGUUGGUUUUGGAUGAACUGGACAACAAUUACAGCAAUAUCAGAAGGGAAAUAAGCAUGGGCAUACCUUUAAAUGAACUUCCACCACUGUCAGUUGAGCUGAAGUUUUCCCCACUCUCUUCCUUUUACAUCCCCUCCAAGUGUUUAAGAAAGAAUCUUUACUCUGAGCAGGUACCUGAUAGAACACGUUCAGGAACCCCAUCCAGUGACUUUCUUGAUCUUUCAGGUGAAGGGAAAGCUGACUUUGAAGAACCAAAACAGCGAGAAAAGGGGAUUUCUGUCAAUAUGGACACCUCACAGACUGCUGGUGAUCAGCCAGGUGACUCUGCUUCCCCUGAGGUGUGGGAAGAGCAACUUAAAGAUCAGGCUCUGGAACGUGGCUGUGUAAAAAAUGAGGAAGGAAGUGAGUAUUGGUUUGAUGCUAAGGAAGACUUGUCAGUGGCAGAUAUUUCAGUAAUGUGCAAAGAAAUGAAAAAGCAACAAGGAAAACAAGACUCGAUUGACUCAAGAGAAGUGAAGAUAGUGGGGAGUGGGAAGGAACAUUCUUCUGUUCCUGUAGGUGGCCCAAAGCCCUCAGUGCCUGAGGAUCCUGGGGAAAAUUCCCUGCAGAAAACUUCCUCUGUGAACCCAUCUGGUGUCUUUGUUUCUCCUUAUGCACUGAACUUGAGCAGCUUUACCAAGUUAAUAAAGAGACUUCAGGAAAAGCAUCCAGGGUUUAGCAGAAAUGAAAUUGUGGGGGCUGUGCAGGAGGUGAGGAAAAUGAACAAAGGUGUCCUGAGUGGCUUGGCCAUCAGUUCCAUCGAGGAGAGGGCCUCUGACAUUCUGAGGAAGUGUUCUCAGCAGGAGAAGCACUGAAAAAGGCCCAGAGUUGUGAGAACUCCCUGUAUUUUGGAUUCCACCAGCCGGACUGCUUUGCUGACGAGCUGUGCGGAGGGCACUGUCACCCGUGCUCGGUGCACAGCUGACACCUAACGGCCAGGCUUGGUGUAGGCUCUCUUCCAGAAAUCCCAGCCCUGGCUCUGUUCGGGAUCCAGACAUUGACGAUUUCUGUCUGAAACCUGACACAAUCGGGCUGUGUUUUGUGGUUUCCUCACUCCGAUCCCUUUGCACGGUGGUGUGGCGCUGCAGCAAGCUGAAGGUGCUGAAACCACAGCCCGGAAUUCCAGCGAGGUGUCUCUCCAUCCUUGCUUGGUGCUGUGCUUGCUUUAGGUACCUCUUAGCAGUGCCACUGCCAGGUUUCCUGCAAAAAAGGAAAAUUCUUCAUAUUAAUCUCCUCUCUGACUUUCACAGGACUGCAGAUAGGGGCAGAAACUCAUCCCCAAAACAUUCAAAUCCUAUGAUUGGAAGCAUUUUCAGUCAGUAAGGUUUUAACAGCCUCAAAAUGUGUUGUGCUUUCCUUGUGGAGUGAUUAUUUGGUUUUCCAUUGAUGCAUGGGCUCUGCAGUCCUAAUUGUUCCUAUUACAGUAUUUUUUUCUGUUGUUUUGUGUGGGAGAUGAUGACUUAUAAUAAUUUUUAUUUUCAUCAUGAGGGAGGUGUGAAAUGGCCAAGUCAUUAGUAAAUAAUGGGGAGAAAAAGAAUCCCCAGUUUCCAUAGUGAGGAACAAGUAUGUAAUACCUUUAAGAGAAAGGUGAUUCUGCUCAGAGCUCACCUAUAGUAACUCAGUCUCUGUGUUGUACUUUGUUCUAGACCCUGCUGCGGUUGUUGUUGGAAA